AAGACAACUUCUCUAGUUUAGAAAUUAUGUUCACAAAUCACAAUUAUACAUUCCGAUGCCGCGGCCCCAUUUUUGGACUUUUGUACAAAGUCUCUAAGUCAAUGCACAAACAUUAUCAUCACAAAUUCAUCAAACUAAAAUCUCAUCACCGGUGAAAAUCGAUCAUGGCAGCGGAGGCGGCAAUCUCGUCCGCGGUGAAGCUGCUCGGCGAUCUGCUGGUCGAGAAGGUGCACUCCCUGCGAGGCGUGGAGAAGAAGGUCCAGUCGCUGAAAGAAGAGCUGGAAUGGAUGCAGUCCUUUCUCAGACACGCCAACCGCAACCAAUCCCAAGACGAAGGCGUCCGAGAAUGGAUAAACAAGAUACGAGAAGUCGCUCACGACGCCCAAGACACCAUCGAAAUCUUCCUUCUCAACCUCAACAACAACAACAACAGAAGCAGCCGCCUCCUCACUGCCUUCCCCAAGCGCAUGUUCCACCUCCAUUGGAUCAGCACCGAGAUCGAGUCCAUCCUGGCCAGGCUUGACGCCAUUGACAAGAGCCGCGAGAGGUACGGGAUCAAGAUCGUCGAAGAGGCAGCCGACGCAUCCCAGAUGUCGCGAGUGGAGCUGCGGCGGCAGUUGGCGCACUGGGAAAAGGACGAACACCUGGUGGGCAUGGAGGAGGAUGUGAAGAAGAUUUUACAGGAAUCGGUUCUCGACGUGGGGAAGAAGGGGCUCUCGAUUGCGGUGAUAGAGGGAAUGGGCGGGAUCGGGAAGUCGACGCUUGCGCGGGAGAUAUACAACCACCCAAGCGUCGUCGCCGGCGGAUUCGACUGCCGCGGGUGGGUGGUGGUUUCGAGUGAGUUUCGAGACAAUAAUCCAUAA